AUGCCAAUCGUUUCACCUCAGGACACAACUGCAGUUGCAGCGCAACGAGUCUUCCGAUACUUGCAUCGGGCAGGUGGCUCCGCCAACCUGCAUUACGUCACUGGAAAGUAUGGAUGCAAGAAGACGACCUUGUUGGAAUUUGAAGGUGGCACAAUCUUCGAAGCUGAAGGAGAUCUCCUAAAGCUCAAAGGUGGAGCGCUGGCUGUUGCAGCAGCUGCUGCAGCAGCUGGCCGGGUCACCAGGAAAGUGGGGCGCCGGAAAUCUCCCCAGCACCUGCUGACGAAAGCAGGUUUUGCCACCAAGGAGGACACGGCCAGAUAUCUGCAGAGACGCAUUGAGGGUCUCCUCAUGACCGCUGGCGAUGGCGUCUUGCAGUUCAAGGCUGUGCUCCGGGCGCUGGCCUUGCAACCUUCGCAUGCGUUGAAGCGGUGGCUUCCGAAAGUGGGGCUGCGAUCAUCUGCGAAUGGCGACUUGUGGGUUGAUCCAUACAGAUUGUUUUCCUUCCGCAUGUACCGCAUCUUGGAAGCCGCGUCUUUCGUCAGUGAGCAGAAUGGCGAGGUCUCACUGCAAGAUCUCAUGGAGCAUCUCUACAGGCCUCCUGAACUCUUGAAGGACGAGGAACAUGAGCUCACAGCAGAAGCUCGAGCUGUUGCCUUCGACAUGGGUCUAGCUCCAAGUCCUUCAGUGGAAGAAUGGCGUUUGGAAGCGCGAGACCGUUACUGGCGGAAGGGCGAAGCAUCUCUACCGGCCUUGCCGCCUCCCAGGGAGACGGUGGAGUUCCGAGAGGGGACCCUCGCCCUUGAGUCUGAGAUGGAUCGUGCAGAAUUGUCCACAGAGGCCGUGAAGUUCGAGAUUGUUUUGGCCGAAAAGCAAGUGGAGCCGCCCUUGUGGUUGGAGGCUUGGAUUCGUGAAUACUUUGUAGUGGAGGAGGACAAAGUCUUUCUGCCAUUCCUUGAGCCCUGGCGGAAGCCCGUGCCACGAGAUCCAGACCUCGAGCCAGUAGAGGUGAGCCAUGUGCAGCAGGAGGCCUUGCUCAUGAACAUCCAGGAGGAGAUGCGCUUGCGAUAUGGGCGGGUGCACAUGGAAGCCUUGGGUCCCAUGUUUCCUGGCGCGCGAAAACGCUGGUUGAAGCGCUUCUUCGACAUCACGUCCUACGGGGAUGUCGUUGAGAAGAGUGUGGCACGCCAGUCUCGUGAGGCCAUAGCUGUAGCCUCCCGCAUCUACUACGAAGGUUACACCGUGACGGAAGCCUUCUAUGACUUUGGCAUCGGCAGAGAGUGGCUGAGGCGCUACUUCAUUUUGAAUGAAGAGACUGGUGAGCUAGGCUUAGACCGUGAGCGCUACUCGUCCUGGGACCCUCCUCCGAAGGAUCCAGAAGCUCCGAACCCUCGCAUCUACUCGAAGUUGGAUGCUCCGAGGGGAUACCAGCGGAAAGGCUUCAGGCAUCGCAAGAGGAAAUAUGGGCACAGUGCUGGUGGCAUUAUCUAUGCAAAUCCAAGACAGAAAUGA